CACCUUGUUGCCAGCGGGGUCCCCCUAGCAGGAUGCCGGGCGAAGCUGCGUGCGGGACUCUUCGGUUUGGUCACCCUCGGGCAGGGGCCGGGCCGGGCCGGGCCAUGCCGGGGCGGGGCGGCAAAAGCUAUGACGGCUCAGCACGGCACGGCCCGGCUCGGCCCGCCCCUCUCUCAUCGCUGCCCUGCCGCCUCAUGGAGCUGCACGGCCCCGGCAGCGUCCUCUUCGGCUGUGAGCUGACUGCCAGUACCAAAUCCUACACGUUUCAGGUGGACGAUGAAGAUGACUCUGAGCACAUUUUGGCCCUGUCUGUGGUCUGCCUCACAGACGGUGCCAAGGAUGAGUGCAACGUGGUGGAGGUUGUGGGGCGAAACCAUGAGAACCAGGAGAUUGCUGUGCCGGUGGCAAAUCUGAAGUUGUCAUGCCAGCCCUUGCUCAGUCUGAACAACUUCGAGCUGCAGCCUCCAGUGACCUUUCGCCUGGCAGCAGGCUCUGGCCCAGUGCACCUCGCUGGCUGGCACAGGAUAGUGCACAGGGAAGAUGUUUCCUUUGAGGAGGAUGAUGACCUGUCUGACGAGGAGGAGGAUGACUUGUCUGACGAGGAGGAGCUUCCUCCUAUCAAGCCAGCCAAGAAGUACAGGAGGAAGCAGUAACUUAAGACAAGGUACUCACAGGGACUUCUCUCCCCGGAUGACGUUUACCUCGGACACCUUUUGCCAGGACCUCAAUGUUUGCUGCUUUGUUUUUACUUUCAUUUUUUUGUGUUGGAACUUUUUGGGAAGCAGGGACUGCUCCCAGUACUGGGGUGUCUCCUUUCCCACAGCCCUGGGAGCUUGAUCCCAAAACUGGAAAGAUGCUGCUGGUAUAAUCUUUCUCCCCCAUCCCUGCCUGGGAAUCAGGGAUGCAGGAGGUGAUCCUUACCCUGUGCCUUUUUGCUGUCCUAGACCUCUGCUCUGUGCACUCCCUCCUGCUGGCUUUGGAAUACCUGUCUUGGCCCUUUCCCCUUACAGCCAGUGGUGGAACAGGCACUUUUACUGAUUCUAGUCUGUUUGCUGUUCUUUACUCACAAUUUGAUGGGGUUUAUACAGUUGAAAAUGUGAAACUGGGGCCCAGGCUGUGUCCUCAGUUGCAGUUAUGGUGGGGUGGGAGCUCAGAGCCUGUCUGGGGUUUGGUGGGAGGCUCUGGGUCAAUCUGCUUUGUAAAGAACUGUUUUUACGCUCUCAAUAAAGGUCUUACACAUCAA